AUGUCAUCAUUAGUGAAUCUACUAGACAAAAUAUCCGAACAAAUCAAUAUUAUUCUAGGAAUCGCUUUUUUCGUUUUGGGUUUCAUUGGUAAUAUUUGUAAUCUUUUAAUCUUUUCACCGGUUUUGAAGACAAAGAUAUUUCCACCAAGUCCAGCACGUCUUUAUAUUUUAACAGGUUCAAUUGCGAAUUUUAUUUAUGUUUCGUAUUUAUUAUUAACUCGCAUAUUAAUAUCGGCAUUUUUCAUUCCAUUAACAGAUACAAUAAGUUUCAUUUGUAAAACACGUUUUUAUAUCGGUCAAGUUUGUAUGUUUGUAUCAUUAUAUACAACAUGUUUAGCAACAAUUGAUCAAUAUUUUCUGACAAAUCGAUCAGUACGAAUUCGUCAAUUAAGUCGAUUAUCAUUAGCAAGACACAUUUUAUUUCCUUUAAUUAUUCUUUGGAUUGUAAUGAAUAUUCCAGUCUUAUUUCUUUAUAAUUUAUAUCCAAAACCAACUGGAACAUCAACUGUAUGUACAGUUUAUUCAUCGAUUUGGAUGUUUUAUUAUACAUAUAUCCAAAGUUUAGUGUUUCUUUGUAUAAUUCCAAUAGCAACUCUUAUUACAUUUGGAUUUUUGAUUAAAUUUAAUCUUGAAACUGUACGACAACUUCAUCCAUCAAUAAUUCGUCAAAUGACACGAAUGAUUUUAUUUCAAUCAUUAGCAAUGUCUGUAUCAUUAUUCAUUACUACAGCUCAAAUUAUUUAUCAACAAAUAACAAACAAUAUUUACAAAGAUGUUCUACGUAAUUCACAAGAAAAUUUAUUCUAUACAAUUGCACGUCUAUUCAGUUUUGUUAAUUAUAUUGGAUCGUUUUAUAUUUAUUUCUAUGCAUCAAAAUCUUUGAGAAAAAAUUUUCGAAAUCUACUUUUAAAUCGACCGAUUGAGUCAGUGACAAAUACAACAACAACGAACACAAUUCUUCAGAAAUCAUACAAUCAAGUACAACCAACACAAAACUAA